CUUCACUUCUCUCUCCAGCACCCGAAGUAGCUUUGAUGACCUUUACACUCGACAACCAUAGUAUUUUCUCUAUACCGCGUUGCAUCGUUUGCAGGACAGACAGCUCGUGAAGCGCAGCCCCCCCAUCCCACGCUCUUCCGUAUAGAACAGAAGUCGAGAGACACGCACACCCAGUAACAACCAUGUCCUUCCCGCUGCACCGCAAUCCGCCCUUCCGCGCUGAACACCUCGGCUCCCUCCUGCGCACCGAGAAGCUGCUGGACACGCGGCACGCCUGGGAGGCCGGCAAGGCGUCGGCGACCGCUCUGCAAGAGGUCGAGGACGGCGACAUCAAGGACAUUGUGGCGCUGCAGCUCGAGCUGGGCUUCCACGCCCUCACCGACGGCGAAUAUCGAAGACAUAUGUUCUGGGGUUCAUUUUGGCCCGGGCUCGAGGGCAUGACCGAGAUCGAGCACCCGGACCCAGACCUCUUCCGCAUGUACAUCCCGGACAUCGCCGCCUUCACCGAGGAGGGCUAUAAGCCCGGCGAGACCGUCCUGUGCACCGGCAAGAUCAGGCAUAAGGGCAGCACCUACACCGCCCAGUUCGACUUCCUGAAGGGCCUCGUGCCCCAGGCGCAGUGGAAGAACCUCAAACUCACCCUCGCCGCCCCCAAUUGGUACCACCUCCGGUACAAGCAGGGCAAAGCAUACCCCGCCGACGUGUACAAGAACGAUGACGAGUACUUUGCCGACAUUGCCAAGGCGUAUCAAGAGGAACUCAAGAUUCUGUACGACCAUGGAUUGCGGAACGUGCAGUUUGAUGAUCCCAAUCUGGCCUACUUCUGCUCCGAGGCCAUGAUCGCGGGCUGGGAAAAGGACCCUCUCAACACCUACUCCACGGAUGAACUCCUCGCCAAGUACAUCGACCUGUACAACGCGUGCAUCUCCCAAAUCCCCGCGGACAUGCACGUCGGCGUCCACCUCUGCCGCGGCAACUUUGUCAACUCGCGCCACUUCUCCGAGGGCGGCUACGACCGCAUCGCCACCCUGCUCUUCCAGAAGCUCAACAUGCACACCUACUACCUGGAAUACGACACCCCGCGGGCUGGCGGCUUCGAGCCGCUCCAGCACCUGCCCAAGAACAAGAACGUCAUCCUCGGCGUGGUGACCAGCAAGUUCCCCAAGAUGGAGGACGAGGACGAGAUGGUCAAGCGCGUUAAAGAGGCCGCCGGCUGGAUGUCCAAGGGCACGGGCGAGAGCGAGAAGGAGGCCCUCAACAGGUGCGGCGUCAGUCCGCAGUGCGGGUUUGCGAGCCAUUCGAGCGGCAACGCCGUCAAGAGAGCCGACAUGGUCGAGAAGUUGAAGCUGGUCAGGAGGAUUGCUGAUCGCAUCUGGCCCGGGGAGCCGUAGUGGCUGCCGAAAUCGACUUGACUUUUGGGGGAGAAUUUGCCUGGACUAGGGAGUUGGAGGCCCCUGGAGAUGACACCUGUCGGCGAAAGUGGCGUGUUUUCGCGGUCUGUGAAGAAGAGUUUGGGCUUCAACAGCCCAAAGGUUUGGGAGAUACAAAAAAGUUGUGAAGGGUUUUUAGUAGCAGGCUUUGACGGCGGCAUGGAAACACGCUGGGGGCUUGCAUUCAACAUCCGUCUGUGUAGCGACUAACGACCGUCGAAGAUUCUUAUCGUGUGUUCUAGCCUGCGACGAUCAGAAGAUAGAGAGUGGACGGCUCCGUGGAUGAUGCUUGCCUGCAUAUCUCCAGCGGUAACGGGAGACUUGGGCUCAUUGUCAGGAACCGUCGUGCAAAACAUAGACAUCCAGGUCGCCGGAACCAUUCCCUUAAUGCUGGCAGAAACCACAGCAACCAGGGACGGCCGCGUGAUGGGAUUUCGCG